GGAAGUGGGUGUUCCUAGACUAAAAGCCCAUGGGCUCCCUCAAAAUAAAAGCAGUGAGAUUGGUGAGUUACCUUUGCACCCAGCUGAAGCCUAGGGUAGUUCAGCAGGGAGCCUGUGCCUUCUGGGAGCAGGAGAACCGCGGUAGAUUAUUCAGGGUGAUGGGGACUAAGUGACCGCUGUGCUGGGUGUAGAGCUGCUUGCCUGGGGGCUAGGACAGAUGUAUCCACAACUAGUGCAAGCAGCCUGUGGGCCUUGGAGCCCAAGUCCAUCUUCUGCAGUCAGCUUUGCUGUGCUGCAGGCCCAAAGAGAUGGCUCUAGUAUGCAUGUGGUAGCACCUCUGGGGUUCCCCCUUUCACUUCAAAAACAACAAAGAGUCUGGUGGCACCUUAAAGACUAACAGAUUUAUUUGGGCAUAAGCUUUCGUGGACUGGUGUGCCUUCCUGUUUCAACUUCGGCCUCCGUGGUGGUUCACACAGCUGUGAAGAAUGACGUCGAGAGGUGCUGGGACUGCCUUUUCCCGGAGGAACUACAGGCUAAGCAAUGAGUCUGAGAAGCCCAAGGUCACAGGGAUAGUGAACAGCAAGCUGCUGAAUGACUAUCUGCACCGCAUCUUUCCCAGUGCUGAUGGGAUCCAGCCUGCAGCUGCUUACAGGAAGCCACUGACAUUCCAGAACCUGCAGGAGCACCUCGACAAAUUGCUGGCAGAGGACAGUGGUGCGGAGGACAGUCGAGAUCAGAUAUUAGAGGGGCGACUUGGUCCCUCUACUGUGGUGUUGGACCACAUCAGUGGUUUUGAGGGACUCCUCCUGGUUGAUGAUGACCUACUUGGGGUGAUUGGCCACAGCAACUUUGGCUCCAUCAGGGCCACAACCUGCGUGUAUAAAGGGAAAUGGAUCUACGAGGUGCUCAUCUCCUCCCAAGGGCUCAUGCAGAUUGGCUGGUGCACUCUCAACUGCAGGUUUAAUCAGGAGGAGGGGGUUGGAGACACUCCGGAUUCGUAUGCAUAUGAUGGAAACAGGGUGCGCAAGUGGAAUGUCACCACCACCAACUAUGGUAAAUCCUGGGCGGCAGGAGACAUCGUCAGCUGUCUGAUAGACCUGGAUGAGGGGACCAUUGCUUUCUGCCUGAAUGGUGUGUCUCUGGGAACAGCUUUCGAUAACAUCACCAGGGGAGCUGGCAUGGCGUAUUUCCCCGCUAUCAGCCUCUCCUUUAAAGAAUCAGUCGCUUUUAACUUCGGCAGCCGCCCACUCCGUUAUCCGGUGGAGGGAUAUCGCCCCCUGCAGGACCCGCCCAGCAUGGACCUGGUGGAAGCUCACAAGCUGUUGGGCUAUCUGAAGAACGUUAUUCACAUUGGGAUAGACGUGUUGGAGGGGAAGUUGGUGGAGAAGGACACGUCGAUGUGGCAGCUGCAAGGAGAGCCCACGGUGCUGAUCACCCUGGCACACAUCUUUAACCACUUUGCCCCUCUCAUGUGCAAAGUGUACCUGGUGGAAGAUGUGCUCAUGAACUUCCUGCUGAGCAUUCUGGAGCAGGGAGGGGCUGUGGAAGCACAUCCUCUCAUCCAGCAGCUACUGGAUCUCAUGUGGCUUCUCAUGGAGGAUUACGAGGUGCAUGAAUGCCUCAAGCAGCUGCUGAUGUCCCUGCUCCGGGCUUACAGGUUCUCUCCCAUCAUCCCAGACCUGGGUUUACAGAUCCAUUACCUCCGGCUCACCAUUGCAGUCCUGAAGCACGAGAAGUCCAGGAAAUAUCUGCUCAACAAUGUCCUCUUCGACUUACUCCGCUCAGUGGUGUUCUUCUACAUCAAGAGCCCCCUGCGUGUGGAGGAGGCUGGCCUGCAGGAGCUCAUCCCCACCACCUGGUGGCCAAACCGCUUCACCAAAGAGGGCAAGGAGAGCAAGGAGGUGAAGGAGGAGAGUGCUGAGGAGAGGCUGCGCCGGCGGGCAUAUGACAGAGGCUGCCAGCGGCUCAAAAAACGCAUUGAAGUGGUGGAAGAACUCCAGGUUCAGAUCCUGAAGCUGCUUCUGAACAACAAAGACCGAGGAGGGGGGGAAGCCUCCAGAUACAUCUUCCUGAACAAAUUCCGCAAGUUCCUUCAGGAAAAUGCUAGCAACCGAGGGAACCUGACUGUACUGUGCCCGCCAGAAUACAUGGUCUGCUUCCUGCAUCGACUCAUCUCCACCUUGCGCUGCUACUGGGACGGGCACAAGGCCAAGGCUCCUGCAGCCCUGAACAGUGAGGCUGGGCCACAGCCUGGGACGCUUGCCAUAAAUCUCUCUGUUCCCUUCCUGCCAGAGGCAUAUGUUCCUCCUCAGCUCUUCUAUAAUGGGAAGGUGGAUUACUUUGACCUGCAGCGACUUGGUGGACUCCUGUCUCAUCUCAAGAAGACUCUGAAAGAUGACCUGGCUUUGAAAGCAAAUAUCCUGAUUGAUCCUGCGGAGCUGCAGGCUGUGACCAUGGACGACCUGGAUGAGGAUGAGGAGUCUGCAACGUCCACAGCCCAGCGCCCAGUUGCAGCACUGGCCAUUGGUGGUGCCCUUGCCAGGCCCAGUUGGCUCAGCUCACCCACCCUGGGCCGUGCCAACCGCUUCCUCAGUACAGCUGCCGUCAGCCUGAUGAACCCGCGGCGGUCCCUGGGCACCCUGGAGAAGAUGAAAGCACGCACGCUGAGUGUGGAGCAGCGGACAGAGGAUGACAGAGCUGCAGGAGAGCCGGGGUGCGUCCGUGCGCUGGUCAUGGCAGCGCUGGUCACGGCAGCGCUGGUCCUGGCGCAGGCAGUCUGGGCUGGUGAAGUCUCUCCUGAAGCAGUAGAAGGCAGCCAUGGAAAUGAGGGUCUGUUACUGGGGAGACCCCCCGAGGAGCCGGAGCAGUCAAUCACUGAGAACUCCCUUCUGGAGAUCCUGGAUGGAAUAGUGAUGAUGUACAACCUCAGCGUCCACCAGCAGCUUGGUAAGAUGGUGGGUGUGUCCGAUGAUGUAAACGAAUAUGCCCUGGCACUGAAGGACACAGAGGAGAAGAUUAGCCGAUGUCCAAAGAGGAGGAGGGACAUCUACGAGGAGCUGGUGAAAAGCCAGAAGGUUUUCUCAGAGAAACUCAACCACCUGAGUCGCCGGCUAGCCUGGAUCAACGUCACCAUCUACUCCAAGGAGAAGAUGCAGGACAUAUACUGGUUGCUGCGAGUGUGCAUCCGCACCAUUGAGCACGGGGACAGGACGGGCUCACUCUUCGCCUUCAUGCCGGAGUUCUACCUCAGUGUGGCCAUGAACAGCUACAGCGCGCUGAAGAACUACUUCAGCCCUGUCCAUAGCAUGGAGGAGCUACCCGGCUAUGAAGAGACUCUGACGCGUCUUGCUGCCAUCCUGGCCAAGCACUUUGCUGACUCCAGGAUCGUCGGCACUGACAUCCGGGACUCUCUGAUGCAGGCGCUGGCCAGCUACGUCUGCUACCCACACUCGCUGCGGGCCGUGGAGAGGAUCCCAGAGGAACAGCGAAUAUCCAUGAUGAGGAACCUGCUGGCUCCCUACGAGCAGCGGCCAUGGGCGCAGACCAACUGGAUCCUUGUUCGGCUGUGGCGGGGCUGUGGGUUUGGAUACAGGUACACGCGGCUCCCGCACCUGCUGAAAACCAAGCCCGAGGAUGCCAAUCUCCCCAGCCUGCAGAAGCCGUGCCCCUCCACCCUUCUGCAGCGGCACAUGGCCGAUCUGCUGUGCAGUGACUGCGACAUGGCACCCAGCUUCCUCAACAGCGUCCUCAACCAGCUCAACUGGGCCUUCUCGGAAUUCAUUGGCAUGAUCCAGGAGAUCCAGCAGGCAGCAGAGCGCCUGGAGAGGAACUUUGUGGACAGCCGUCAGCUGAAGGUGUGCGCGACGUGCUUCGACUUGUCCGUGAGCCUGCUCAGGGUGCUGGAAAUGACCGUCACACUGGCCCCCGAGAUUUUCCUCGACUGGAGCCGCCCCUCCUCGGAGCUGCUGCUCAGGAGACUUGCCCAGCUGUUGAACCAGGUGCUGAAUCGGGUGACAGCCGAGCGGAACCUGUUCGACAGAGUGGUCAACCUCCGGCUGCCAGGGCUAGAGAGCGUGGAUCAUUAUCCAAUCCUUGUGGCUGUGACGGGGAUUCUGGUCCGACUCCUCAUGGACACUGACUUCCAAGGGGCCAAGCGUGCGACAGCUGUGCUCCUGGCAGACCCCUGCUUCCAGCUCUGCUCCAUCCAGUACCUGCUGGGCCAUGCAGAGCCAUCAGCACUGGCAGCCACGCCUCCCUCUGCAGACAAGAGACAUUUCUCCCUGCACACCUACACCGACUACAUCAGCCAGGAGGAGCUGGCCAAGGUGGAGCGGAUGCUGGGCCACCUGAGUGAAGAGUCAAAGCAGGCAGCUGCCUCCAUGCUGGUGAGUCCCUGCCUGGUAUGCACCCAGCCCAGAAACCAGCAGUCUUGCGGGGAGGGGCGGGGGAGAGUACCCUUCCUGUGGUGGAGUGGGGGAACCCGUCAUGCCAGCUCAGAUGGUGACUUGGGAGGGUUCAGCCUGGGCAGCCGGGGGGCUGGCUUCGCACAGGCUGCUUGGCUCGGCCACACACUGCACAGCCCAGCCAGCUGUGUACCCAGCGCUCUGCUGAAUGCUACAUGUACCCACUUCUCUAUGCCUGGCAGCUGGAACCAUUGGGAACUGGCCACACAGGGUGGGGGGGUUGCUGCCCUGCUGCACAGUGGGCAUGUCGGAGUGAGGGCUGGCUGGGAAAACUCCCCCGGGCAGAGGCUCGUUUGGCCAAACCUGGGGUGUGAGGUGCGACUGGGAGUCCCCAGGUAGUCUGAGUAUCUCCAGGAUUAAAUCCCUGCCACACUGGGUGAGACUGCACAAGGCUGUGUCCCACUGCCCUGGCCCAGGGGUACUGCACAGGACACAAGCCUGAGCAACCAAGGGGCAGCUGCCAGCCUGGGCUACAAGGGACAGGAGGGCUGGGCUCAGGCUGCUUGGUGCAGCACCCCCAGUGCUGCUGUCUGGCAGGAGGCAACCACUGGGGUGUGUGUGGGUGCCUUCACCUGCUAAUCAAGGCCGGGUGAUUGUCUUUGCAGCCUACCAGUGAGGAGGACCUGUGCCCCAUCUGCUACGCACACCCGAUCUCAGCCAUCUUCAGGCCAUGCUCCCACAAGUCCUGCAAGUGAGUAACUGCGGUGGCCCUCUGCCCUUUCCCUCCCUGCUGGGGGCCAGGAACAAGGGAGUCUGCUCAGCCCUACAGGCUAGGAGCUAGGGAGAGCUCUGCUUCUCUGCUCCCCUUGAACCCCUCUACUGGUAAAGACUACCUGCGUCUGGAGCCCAAGGACCUGGCUCAUGCUCCAUGGAAGCUCUUGGACCUUUUUGCAUGUGCUGGGAGGGGCUCCCCUGGGGAGAGGGCCAGCCCCCAUCCCUCACCACACUGGGGCUCCAGGCCUCGCUGCAGGGUGACAGAGCAGGGGUGCAGUCGUGGGCUCCACUGCUCAAGGGAAGCACUUUGCCUGGGAGUGCUUGGGUGCAGGGCUGGGCACAGCUCCCUCAUGGUACAAGCUUUGUCUUUUCAGAGCCUGCAUCAACCAGCACCUGAUGAACAACAAGGACUGCUUCUUCUGCAAGGCCACCAUCACAGGCGUGGAUGACUUCACCAAGCCAGGCAGCUCCUAGUGGGGGGAUUGACCCUGCAGGCUGCUGAGGCUCCUUUCCCUCAGCCUCCAGAAGUGGGUUGCCCAGCUCUGGUUAGUUGUGGGCCCUUCCACAGCCCAGCCCCCUUGCUCACAAGCAUGAGGGCCACCAGCAGAUGGUGGAGGUGCUGCUUUUGCCCUGUCUGAGCCAAGGCUGGGCUCAGUCUGUUCAACAGGUCAGGGGGAGGCCUGAGCAGUAAGGGCUGAGGGGCGAUGCCUUUCCCCGGUGAGGCUAAUGCCAGCAUGUACCUACUGGAGUCUCAGCCACGGCCUGCAGGAGCCUGGCUGACCUCAGGGCCUGUCCUGCUGCUGUUGCCAUUUUCUAUGGAGCGUUCGUUCAUAUGUGAACCUGUGUGCUGCUGCGAUGGGCCACUGCCAGCUUCCCUUUGCUGGGGGUGGGGCACGCUUUGGCCCAAGCUCUGGGUACUGGGCAGCCAGACUGCGGAGAGCUACUGCUUCUGUGCUAAGCUAGACAGAGCAGAGGCUGGUCACAGCUGGCUUGGACUAGGCCUGGACCCUCGUGGUUGAGUUCUCUGAGGGGCAGUAAUUGGCUGGGGUCUGGUAGCCUGCAGUCCCCCAGCUUCAGCCUGGUGGGGGAGAAGUAUGUGGCACCUUGCCCUACAGCUGCAGGAGCAUGUGCUAGCUGGCAGCGGGGGUGGGGAUCCCUGCUGCUUGGUGCAGAAUCCUUGGCCUAGGUCUCUCAGCUGGGGGAGAGGCUAAUGCUUGAGCUCUGCUGCAGGUGGGGUGGGACUAGCAGUAGAGUGUGAUUUGUGACCAGCCCUGUGGGAUUGCUCUGUGUUGUGCAUCGGGUGCUGUGUUACCUGCCCCAGCUGGGGUCAAUUCUCUGCACAAGAGCAUUAAAUUAUUCUUCCUUA